AUGGAUGUUCUGGUAGAGGGCUUCGAGGCACCAACAGAUGCUGAAUCAGCUGACACAGUCGAAGCACAUGCCGCUCGCGACCGAAUCUCUGUUGGUAGUGGCAAUGCGGGUGUGGGGGGCAAUUCUACCCGUAGUGGAUCAUCGUUAACUACAUCCUCAUCUAAUCAAGAAAAACAUUUUCUGUAUCACAGCGAAAACAGGCUGCCCGAUCACGACGAGGAGAAUGUGACCAGGUAUUAA